GGAGGAGAAAUGAAAGUGAGAAAUUAUCCAAACUAGAAAUAAAAUGAACCGACCCAAGCAAGAACGAGAUAAAUUACUGAAACCAGAUCCACUACUCCGAAGAUGAGAUAAAUUGCUGAAACCACAUCCACUACUCCGACCAUGGCUGACGCCGCCGCCGCCUUAUCCAAUCUCCUCCUCCUCCUCCUCCUCCUCCUCCUCCUCCUCCUCCUCCUAUUCUUCUUCUUCUUCUUACUCGUAUCACUUUCGCGACGGUGGUUCACAUCGUCCCCCAAUAAACUCCCACCGAGCCCGCCGGCGCUCCCCCUCAUCGGCCACCUUCACCUCCUCGCUCACUCCCCCCUCCACCGAGCCCUCGAAGCCGUAUCCUCGUCCGUCGGCCCCGUAUCCUUCCUCCGACUCGGAUCCCGCCGCGUCCUCCUUGUCUCCUCAGCUGCCGCAGCCGAGGAGUGUUUCACGCGCAACGACCUCGCCUUUGCUAGCCGCCCCGUCGUCCUCGCCGCCAAAAUCAUCGGCUACGGCAGCACAACCCUCGGCUGGGCGCCCCAUGGUCCGCUCUGGCGCGACCUCCGCCGCAUCGCUGCCGUCCACAUCUUCUCCCAGGCCGCCCUCCGGGCGUCCGCCGCCUCCCGCGCCUCCGCUGUCCGAUCACUCGUGAAGGCCCUUUUCCGAGACUGUGGGCGCGUGGAGAUGAAGUCGAGACUCUUCAAUCUUGCGUACGACGUCAUGAUGGGGCUCGUGACGACGCCGGCCGACGAGGAGGAUCGCGCGGAGGAGCGGCGCCGGCGAUUGAGGAUGAUGAUUGAGGAGGCGUUCGCAGAGAGUGGGGUGGUGAGCUCGGCGGACUUCCUUCCGUGGCUUCGGUGGUUAGGUUGGCGAGCGACGGAAAGGAAGUUCCUGGAAAUCCAGCGAAAGAGGGAUCGAUUAUUUGGGGAACUUGUGGAACGUCACCGCCGCCAGUUGGGUGGCGAUGCCAACGACGCGGCGGCGACCGGUAAGGGGAACGAGGGUAAGACGGCCGUGAUCGAUGUUAUGCUAUCUCUGCAACAAAGAGAUCCCCAAUUCUACACCGACGACAUCGUUAAAGGCGUCGUUGCGGCUCUGCUGUCGGCGGGAACGGACACAUCGGCCCUCACCAUCGAAUGGGCGAUGUGCCUUCUGCUGAACCACCCCAACGUGCUUCGAACUGCCAGGGCGGAGCUGGACGCGGAGAUCAGCCCCGGGCGCAUGCCGGAGGAAGACGACCUCCCCAAUCUGCCCUACCUCGACUGCGUCGUCCGCGAGACCCUCCGUCUCUACCCCGUCGCCCCCCUGCUCCUGCCCCACGAGUCGACCCAAGACGCCACCGUCGCCGGCUACGCCGUCCCUCGCGGCACCAUGCUGCUGGUGAACGCGUGGGCCAUUCACAGGGACCCCUUGGUGUGGGAGGAUCCCGAGGAGUUCAGGCCGGAACGGUUUCGAGACGGGGAGGAGGGCUGCGGGCUGAGGAUGCUUCCGUUUGGGUAUGGGCGACGCAGGUGCCCCGGGGAAGGCCUCGCCGUGCGGGUCGUCGGCCUGGCGCUCGCCGCUUUGCUUCACUGCUUUGAGUGGGAGAAGGUGGCGGGGGAGGAGGUGGACAUGGCCGAAGGGCUGGGGCUGACCAUGCCCAAGGCCAAGCCGUUGGAGUGCGUCUGCGCCCCGCGACCAAAUAUGGCACGGCUCCUUUCCCACCUCUGAAGUUGGGUCGCUGUAACAAGUUUUUAGAGUCCAAUCAAUAAGAUCGACGUGUCUCCGCAAGAGUAUCGAAUCAAUCGAUGGCAAUAAAAUAAUUUUGUGUAAA